CAAGGCCCAAAAAAGGGAGACGGAAGCUAAAGAUUCCAUCGAAAUAGAGAGACAAGAAGAGGAUCAGACCGGCCGCAAGGGCAGAGGUAGUUGACAAAUUCACAGGACAGCAAGCAUUGUCGUUAAUUUCAUUCUGUAUCGUAUCGAUUUCGAUAUUCAGUUCCAUUGAACAACAAAAACCCUAUACAGGAAUAAUUAGAAAGAAUGACGGAAUUCUUGGACCUGGAAGCUCAGGACGGCGUGAGAAUGCCGUGGAAUGUGCUCCCAGGCACCAAGCAAGAGGCCAGCAACUGUGUGGUCCCCGUCUCCGCCAUUUACACUCCGAUCAAACCCUUCCCUAACACGCCCGUCCUCCCUUACUCUCCCCUCCGUUGCCGCACUUGCCGCUCCGUGCUUAACCCUUUCUCCAUCGUUGAUUUUGCCGCCAAGAUCUGGAUCUGCCCCUUCUGCUUCCAACGCAACCACUUCCCACCUCACUACGCCUCCAUCAGCGACGACAACCUCCCUGCCGAGCUCUUCCCGCAGUACACCACCAUCGAGUACGAGACUCCCGGAGAGAAAUGUUCGUCCUCGUCGGUAUUCAUGUUCGUGGUCGACACUUGUAUCAUCGAGGAGGAGAUGGCCUUUCUCAAGUCCGCCUUGUCCCAGGCCAUCGGCCUCCUCCCGGAAAAUUCCCUCGUUGGCCUCAUCACUUUUGGGACCUUGGUCCAUGUUCACGAGCUAGGCUUCGGCCAGAUCCCCAAAACCUAUGUCUUCAAGGGCUCCAAGGACGUGUCCAAGGACCAGCUUCUCGACCAGAUGGGUUUUUUUCUCAAGAAGCCCAAGCCUCCCACUGGCGUUAUUGCUGGCGCCAGGGAUGGCCUCUCUUCUGAAAGCAUUUCCCGCUUCCUCUUGCCCGCUUCUGAGUGUGAAUUUACUCUCAAUUCGGUGUUGGAAGAGCUGCAGAAAGAUCCUUGGACUGUUCCAUCCGAUCAACGGGCUACCAGGUGUACCAGUACAGCUCUAUGUGUGGCUGCCAGCUUAUUAGGAGCUUGUGUUCCUGGUUCUGGAGCUCGAAUUAUGGCAUUUAUUGGUGGUCCAUCCACUGAGGGACUCGGUGCUAUCGUGUCAAAGAAUCUCUCUGAACCAAUUCGUUCUCACAAGGACCUGGAUAAAGAUUCUGCUCCCCAUUAUCAUAAAGCUGUGAAAUUCUACGAAGGACUUGCAAAACAGCUUGUGCAUCAAGGCCAUGUACUUGAUCUGUUUGCAUGUGCCCUUGACCAGGUGGGGAUUGCUGAACUUAAAGUUGCAGUUGAAAAAACUGGUGGGCUUGUUGUGCUUGCAGAAAGCUUUGGCCAUUCGGUAUUUAAGGACUCACUUAGACGUGUUUUCCAAUUGGGUGACUAUGACCUUGGACUCUCAUCAAAUGGUAUAUUUGAGAUAAACAGCUCAAAGGAUACCAAAGUUCAAGGCAUAAUUGGCCCUUGUGCGUCACUUGAAAAGAAAGGUCCUUUGUGCUCCGAUACUGUCAUUGGCCAGGGGAAUACCAGUGCUUGGAAGAUGUGUGGACUAGACAAAGCUACAACUUUAUGUAUAAUAUUUGAAAUUGUGAAGAAGGACAGUCCUGAUGCUUCUGUUCAGCCCUCAAGCAAUCAGUUUUACUUCCAAUUUUUGACCUAUUAUCAGCAUAGCAGCGGUCAAAUGAGACUCCGUGUUACAACCCUUUCUAGAAGAUGGGUUGCUGGACCUGGAAGCAUUCAGGAUUUGAUUGCUGGAUUUGACCAAGAAGCAGCUGCUGUGGCCAUGGCACGCCUAGUCUCUUUCAAAAUGGAAAUUGAGGCUGAGUUUGACCCGAUAAGAUGGCUUGACAAAGCUUUAAUACAUAUGUGUUCGCGGUUUGGAGAUUACCAGAAGGACAGCCCAUCUUCUUUCAGCUUGUCUCCUCGGUUUUCAAUAUUCCCUCAGUUCAUGUUUCAUUUACGGCGUUCCCAAUUUGUUCAGGUCUUCAAUAACAGCCCAGAUGAGACGGCAUACUUCAGGAUCAUACUGAACCGGGAGAAUGUAGCCAAUUCUGUCGUAAUGAUACAACCUUCACUGAUAUCUUACUCAUUUCAUUCAGGGCCAGAACCAGCUCUCCUUGAUGUGGCUGCCAUUGCAGCUGAUAGGAUCCUGCUUUUGGACUCUUAUUUUACCGUUGUUAUUUUUCAUGGUGCAACUAUUGCUCAGUGGAGAAAAGCUGGCUACCAUAAUCAACCAGAACAUCAGGCAUUUGCCCAAUUGCUGCAAGCGCCUCGUGAUGAUGCGGAUGUGAUAAUCAGGGAAAGGUUUCCAGUUCCUCGUUUAGUCAUUUGUGAUCAACAUGGUUCCCAGGCCCGUUUUCUUCUAGCUAAGUUGAAUCCUUCUGCUACAUACAACACCGAUGCUCCUCUUCCCGGUGGAGAUAUCUUGUUUACAGAUGAUGUAAGCUUUGAGGUCUUCUUAGAUCAUCUCCAGAGACUAGCAGUUCAAUAAAAACAUGCAUCAUUAAUGGCAAUUUUGUAAACUUAAUUUUGACAUUUUGUACAGUAAGUAUACAAUUUAUUUUAGUCUUUCUUGUGAUAUUGGAUUAAUUAUUAAAAAAAAAAUCGUAUAGUGCUUAUCAUUUCCCUGAA